UUAUUUAUUCUUUAUCGAAGAUACGAAAUAAUAAUGAAUCAAAUAUAAGAGCAGGUUACUGACCAUGGCACAAAAGCUAUAUCAGCCCUCGAUAACCGUCGUAAGAUUCAUUUGAUGGUUGUCUGCAGCGAUAGCGUGAUGUGAUCAUGACCGAAUGAAUCCCCUCAUUUCUUUCGGCAGCUACCCGAUCAGCUGAUGUCUUCGCAUCUUUUAAUAUUCCCCGACUGUCGCCUCUUCUAUUCAUUCCUUUUUAUCUGACAAGAAACGGCGAUCGCCCCGCGCGUAUGCUGAUCAGCCGAAAGGCUUAUUCUUUCGCUCCUCUUUUUACAUGCCGCCGCAGCGUACAUAGUAGCAUCAACCGGCGUAGUUUAUCCGCCACAUUCAAAAUGUCGCACAAGGAACAGCCUCACGAGUCGCAACUUGAGAAGCGCGCUGUCGUUUCUUCAUUUAUUUUCAAGUUUCCCAAGGGUCCGUCUGAGAGACCGGUUGUUGCGCUCUUCAAGCGCAGUGAUAAGGUGCGGACGUACAGCCACCAUCUUGCUCCGAUAUCUGGCAGCAUAAGUCGCAGCGACAAAUUUCCUCUCGAAGCAGCGUGGCGCGAAUUGGCCGAAGAAACCUCCCUCGACCAAUCUUCGCUCAUACACUGGCGCACUGGGAAGCCGUUCACCUUUGGAGAUCGAUCUGUCAAUCGCGAAUGGACUGUUCAUCCUUUUGCUUUCAAGCUGAAAGACCCAUCCGAAGGAGGAAAAGGCGAAGGCGCUAUCAAGAUAGACUGGGAACACGAAGGAUGGGAAUGGUACGAUCCACAAUCGGUGCUGGACAGAGAAGACUUGGAGAUUGUCCCGCGUCUAAAAGACUCCCUGCGACGAGUCUGGUUUGAAGGAGAAUUGAGCGAGCGCGCAGCCAAGACCCUUUCACUUGGUCUAGAGCGUCUACGAAGCGACCACGAGAGCGGAGCACAGGAAUUGACUGCUAUCGCGCUGGUGGCCUUCCGGGAUUUCAUUGUUCAGACGCAAGAUGAGAUCAAUAGUGAGGAAUGGUGGAAGACUGUUCGCAUGGCAGCGUGGCAUAUUAUCAAGAAUGGCCGAGAAAGUAUGGGCGCAUCGACGAUGAAUGCUCUAAUUGCCGUUUUGGACGAGAUAAAGGACAUACUCGUGGACGAGCAGACAAACCCGCAGCAUACAUUGGAGCGGGUCCUGAAUGUGCUCGAUCAUCAUCUCAAGUGUCGGAAGAGUCGUCAAACGCAAGUGAAGGAUGCCUUUGCAAAUUACAUUCGAUUCAAGUUCCUGCAUCACGGGGAAGCGCUGGAUAAACUUACCAUCUUGACUGUUUCGGCUAGCUCGACUAUCCGUGACAGCAUCUUGGAGGCGUAUGCAUCGCUGGACAUCCGAAAGCUGGAACUUCGCAUUCUCGAGUCGCGGCCACUAUUCGAAGGCACUAGUAUAGGCUCAUCCAUCGUCAGCAACUUCAAGUCACGGUUCCUCGACACCCCCGGUAAAGAACUGAAAGUGAAAAUAUACACAGACGCAUCUGCCGCUUUGGCUGCCGCCGACGUGGAUUUGUUACUCCUCGGUGCCGACCGCAUAUCCAGCACAAAAGGAGUGAGCAACAAGACUGGCUCAUUACCAGCCGUUCUUUGCACAAAACACGUUAGUCCUAAUGCCCAGAUCGCUGUUCUCAGCGACCUCGAGAAGAUUAACUGUGUCGGGAGCAUGAUUGAUGAUGAUCAUCAUGAAGACAACGAUCCGAUGGAGGUCAUCAGUGCCUGGCGCAACGACGGCGUCAAAGCAGUGCGGGUGCUCGAAGAUGGCAUGAAGGAGGCUGAUGCAGAGGGGUCGUCGACGGUCGAGGUGAAGAAUACCUACUUUGAAUGGGUGCCGUUGUAUAUGGUCGAUGCGUUUGUUAGCGAAGAGGGCGUUAUGGAUGAGAGCCGCAUUCGGGAGAGGUCGAAACAACUAGGGGAGACGGUUAAUAGGUUUUUUGAGGAUUUGUGAAGCUGCCAUAGUGAUUGGGUUUAGGAACGGGAUAGUGAUGGACUUACAUAUACUAAUGAUAUUUACUAUAAUGUACCCAUAAUAUACAU